AUGGUGAUACUGGUGCGGAAUCUACCAUCAGCAUAUAGGAGUCCAAAAACUCUGGUCACAAUUUGCCUUCCAUUUGUUGAUCCCAAGGUUGGAGUAUUGCCACCAGUCCGCAAAUUCUGGUUUCUGUGGAGAUGGAAUGACAAAUUUUUCGGCGACGUACUUUUAACUGUGAUUUUUAUUGGUCUGAAGGAAUAUAUUGGAGCAAAUCCGGCACUUACAUUUGAAUCUUCCACCACAGUUAUCCAGUCAAACAUAUCUGAUGUUUCUGGGUCUAAUAGUGAAUUAGGGGACUCAGAAAUGGCAGAUGAGUUCUAUGAUGCAAUUGGUGCUGAUUCAUCAUCUGAAGACGAUGAUAGUGACAAUGAUGUAGAACUCAACAAUAAGGACAAGAAAGUAAAGCUGAAGAACGUGUCAUGGGCCAUUACAGGCUUGGCUUUAGGGCGAACCUCAGCAGCUCCAGAUGCAAAUAAGCAAUUAGAUCCAAAUGUGCACCCAAUUAUGCUCGAUCCAAGCCAUUUUCAUGGUUCCUUGUGUCGAGGGAAAGAUGAAGCUGAUACUAACUGUUGGACUUCUCCAGGUGGUACUGGAUUUAUGAUCAGAGGGAAAACAUAUCUGAAAGAUAAUAUGAAGGUAGCAGGGGGUGAACCCCUUCUCAAGCUCAUAGCAGUUGACUGGUUCAAGGUUGAUGAUUGCGUUACCAAGAUUGCACUCCAUCCCAAAUGUCUUGUUCAGUCUGAAGCAGGAAAGAAGCUUCCAUUCAUCCUUGUUGUAAAUCUUGAGGUUCCAGCUAGACCCAAUUACAGCCUGGUACUGUACUAUGCUGCUGACAGGCCUGUAAACAAAAAUUCAUUGCUGGGUAAAUUUGUUGAUGGGAGUGACAUGUUUCGUGAUUCAAGGUUCAAACUGAUUCCAAGUAUUAUAGAGGGAUAUUGGAUGGUCAAGCGUGCAGUUGGAACAAAAGCUUGCCUGUUAGGGAAAGCAGUAACCUGCAACUACCUUAGACAAGACAAUUUUCUGGAGUGGGUUAAAAAUGAAUACAAGAACAGUUUUAGGCCAGUUUAUAUUUUUCAGAUUGACGUGGACAUUGGCUCAUCAUCCGUAGCAAGGGGUGUCAUUGGUCUUGUCCUUGGAUAUAUCACAAGCAUUGUUGUCGAUCUUGCAAUCUUGAUAGAGGCAAAAGAAGAGGCAGAACUCCCAGAAUACAUCCUUGGAACUGUUCGACUAAAUCGUCUGAGGGUCAACUCUGCUGUACCUUUGGAAGUUUGA